AUGGGAAGUAACCAAGGUAUAAAUAAAGGUCAAGGAGAAAUAUCGACCACAUCAACAGCAUUCAAAGCGAAUAAGACGAUUAACAUCUCAACAAUAUCCAUGGAAGCACCAGAUCAGGCCCAAUCUUUCGCCAUGAAACUCGUUGAAAUACUCAACAAUGGCGCGCUAUGUCUAAUGAUAUCCAUUGGCCAUCGCACUGGACUCUUUGAUACACUUGCGCCAUUCUAUCCAGAAUACGUCUCUUCACAAACACUUGCUCAAAAAGCCAAUCUCAACGAACGCUAUGUCAGGGAGUGGUUAGGAGCCAUGGUAGUUGGGAAAAUUAUCGAAUACGACAGUGAAUCAAAGAGUUAUAGACUUCCCAAGGAACACGCUGCAUGCAUCACCAGGGAAGCUGGACCCGGUAACAUGGCGGUCUUUGUUCAAUACAUUUCGAUUCUUGGAUCAGUUGAAGACGGUAUUUUUAAAUGCUUUAAAAAUGGUGGUGGGUUACCGUACGAGGCAUUUCCUCGAUUCCAGGAAGUUAUGGCAGAAGAUAGUUAUCAAUCUACUGGAUCCGCUUUGCAUAGUGUCAUUCUCCCGGGCAUUCCCGGACUACUUGAUAGACUUGAGAAAGGAUGUAAAUUGCUCGACGUUGGUUGUGGACGCGGUCGCAUUAUUCUUAAUUUAGCCAAUCAUUUUCCGAAUAGCACUUUUCGGGGAUAUGAUAUUUCGGUCGAGUCAAUGGCCAUUGCUAAUGCUGAAGCAAAUUCAAGCGGUCUUGCUAAUAUUUCGUUUCACGUAAAAGAUGUCUCUAAGAUAGAAGAAGCGGAUGAAUACGAUGUUAUUACCGCUUUUGAUGCCAUUCACGAUCAAGUUGACCCAGUGGGAGUGUUAAAGCAGAUCAAUCGUGCAUUGAAGAAUGAUGGAAUGUUUGUGAUGCAAGACAUUAAUACUUCAAGUGACCUUGAAAAGAACGUCUCUCAUCCUUUGGGUCCUUUAUUGUAUACUAUUAGCACAAUGCAUUGUAUGACGGUCUCUUUGGCACACAACGGAAUGGGAUUGGGAACUUGUUGGGGGCGGGAGCUUGCUCUGAAAAUGUUAAAGGAGAACGGGUUCAAUAAGACAGAUAUUGUCGAGUUUCCUCAUGAUGUUCAGAAUUGCUGGUAUAUCAAUAGGAAACAAGAAUAG